GCGAUGGUCGCGAUCUUCGUGGGCCGCGCCAACGACGAUUACUACCGGGGCGUGCGCGACGAGACCAUUCACGAGUUCUACGUCUACGUGGAGCUACCCGAGGAGGAGACCUGCGAGGAUCCCGAGCCGAUGGUGGGCAAGCUGCUCAAGACGAUGUACGGCACAGUUGAUGCAAGUCAUGUGUGGCAAGACGACUACAUAGGCCUGACGAGCUCACGCGGUUUCCAGAAGGGCAUCUCGAUCCCAGCGGUACUCUACCAUGCCGACCGUCAAAUGCAAGCGGAGGUCCACGGCGACGGUUUCGGCGUUAUCAUGAAGAAGUCCCAGGGGGGGUGGCUUGACGAGGUCUUGUCGCGCCACGACUUCAAGGUCGCGGGAUUGCCGAGCAGCAGGGCGACGAGUGAGCAGAGCGUGGUCUACCUCAAUCGGGUCCCGGUCUGGGGUCCAAUUCAGUGGUCAGCUUACCUCGAAGCCGACGCGCGCCGUGUCAAGAAGGUGAUCAGGGACCUGGGUCUGGAGAGCGCGAAGGAGGUCACCGCGCCAGCGGUGAGGCUCUCUGUUUCGGACGUCCCGAAAACGGAUCGUGAAUCGCAGAAGCUCGACGACGAGAAGGUGAAGACCUACCGCAGCGUGACCAUGAGGAUCAUGUGCCCGAGCCUGGACAGGUCAGACAUCGGCUACGGCCGCGAGUAUGCAGGCGAGGGCGGUUGCUGUUUCCACCGCAGGGGCAGCGUGUGCUGCGACAGCGACUGUGCCGGGGGCCCGACCGCUAGACGUUCGAGAUCGGGAAUGGCCAUGCUAUGGGGAUCGCAUCUGCUGAAGCAUGGCAGCGCGGUCCACUCCACUGUGGGCCUCGGCAGCGGAGAGGCGGAGUAUUAUGCGCUACUGCGUGGAUCUUGGCACGGUUUUGGAGUGAAGGCAAUGCUGCGCGACUUGGGCGCGGGCGCGAGCGACGACGCGGAGUUGCAGAUCUUCAGCGACAGUUCUGCAGCCAGAGGUAUCUUAAGCAGACGGGGACUGGGGGCUGAUCGACGCAUAGACGUGCGAUUUCUGUGGUUGCAGGAACGAGUUCAAAACGAGAAGAUGUUGCUGAAGACGAUCGAGGGCUACUGGAUUCCAGCAGACCUGUCCACGAAAACUCUCGACCAGGAGACGACGGGGCGGUUGUUGCGAUUAAUCAGUUUCACGAUGAAGGCCGACGGGAACGUGAG